CACACACACACACACACAGGUCCGCAAAGAACCUGGGAUCUUCAUCGUAUCCACACACCCAGUCUCCUUCACACACACAUCCUCAGUCAUUCAGAACCUUGCACAGACCCUACCACACACACACACACACACACAAAGCUACCUAGGGGCACCUGCACAGACCACAAAGUCACAGCUUCAUACGACUACACACAGUGGUCCAGAAUCUCACAUACACUCAUAGACGUGCACAGAGAAGCAUCCAGAAUCCACACAGUCACACAAUCUCAAAAAGUCACACAAUCAUGAAGUCAUGUACACUUCUGUUCUCCCAGGCAGGUAUGCACACACACACAAACAGGCUUAACCACAUACAAUCUCAGGCACACGUGGAGCCCCACGACCUCACCUAGACAGACAAUCACAACAUCACCUGCACUCUCCAGUAAGUAGCUCUUGCUCACACCACACACACACUCACGGAAUCUUAAAAUCAUAUACAACCUCACAUACAGGCUUAACCCCUUCACCCCACGCCAUCUUCAGCCAUACACAAAGUCGUGCCCACAACCACACACAAGAUGGUACACUUACUACAUUGCCCGUGCCCACGACACAUACACAAUCUCACGGGGGCUACUGCAGCUUCCCUGCCCCCGCGACCUCCUUCCCUAGGGUCCCGUGUAGCCGGGCGGCUGCCUGAAGGGGCGGAGCCGUCCCCCCAGAUAUAAGGCUCCGGAGCCAGCAGCUGCGGCUCCCGAGACCCCCGAAAGGCCAUGGGCGCCCCGCCGACGCCCCAGCUCCUGUCCCGGACGGUGAUCCUGGCAUUUAUUUUCCUUCCGCAGGCACGGCCGGCCGGCGUCUUCGAGCUGCAGAUCCACUCCUUCGGGCCGGGACCAGGUCCGGGGGCCCCGCGGUCCCCCUGCAGCGCCCGGGGCGCCUGCCGCCUCUUCUUUAGGGUCUGCUUGAAGCCAGGAGUCUCCGAGGAGGCCGCCGAGUCUCCGUGCGCCCUGGGCGCGGCGCUGAGUGCGCGCGGCCCCGUCUACACCGAGCAGCCCGGAGCGCCGGCGCCUGACCUGCUGCUGCCCGAAGGCCUCAUGCGCGUGCCGUUCCGGGACGCCUGGCCGGGCGCCUUCUCUCUCGUCAUCGAAACCUGGAGAGAAGAGUUAGGAGAACAGAUUGGAGGGCCCGCCUGGAGCCUCCUGGCGCGCGUGGCCGGCCGGCGUCGCCUGGCGGCCGGCGGCCCGUGGGCCCGGGACGUGCAGCGCGCAGGCGCCUGGGAGCUGCGCUUCUCGUACCGCGCGCGCUGCGAGCCGCCCGCCGUCGGGGCCGCGUGCACGCGCCUCUGCCGCUCGCGCAACGCCCCCUCGCGGUGCGGCCCGGGACUGCGCCCCUGCGCGCCGGUCGAGGACGAGUGCGAGGCAGCGCUGGCAUGUCGAGCCGGCUGCAGCCCGGAGCACGGCUUCUGUGAGCAGCCCGGUGAAUGUCGAUGCCUGGAGGGCUGGACCGGGCCCCUCUGCACCGUCCCUGUCUCGACCAGCGGCUGCCUCAGCCCCAGGGGCCCGUCCUCGGCCACCACUGGAUGCCUCGUCCCUGGGCCUGGGCCCUGUGAUGGGAACCCGUGUGCCAACGGGGGCAGCUGCAGUGAGACACCGGGGUCCUUCGAAUGCGCCUGUCCCCGUGGCUUCUAUGGUUUGCGGUGUGAGGUGAGCGGGGUGACAUGCGCGGAUGGACCUUGCUUCAACGGUGGCUUGUGUGUGGGCGGCGCAGACCCCGACUCUGCCUACAUCUGCCACUGCCCGCCCGGGUUCCAAGGCUCCAACUGUGAGAAGAGGGUGGACCGGUGCAGCCUGCAGCCCUGCCGGAACGGCGGGCUCUGCCUGGACCUGGGCCACGCCCUGCGCUGCCGCUGCCGCGCCGGCUUCGCGGGCCCGCGCUGCGAGCACGACCUGGAGGACUGCGCCGGCCGCGCCUGCGCCAACGGCGGCACGUGCCUGGAGGGCGGCGGCGCGCGCCGCUGCUCGUGCGCGCUGGGCUUCGGCGGCCGCGACUGCCGGGAGCGCGCCGACCCGUGCGCCGCGCGCCCCUGCGCCCACGGCGGCCGCUGCUAUGCCCACUUCUCCGGCCUCGUCUGCGCCUGCGCGCCCGGCUACAUGGGCGCGCGCUGCGAGUUCCCGGUUCACCCCGACGGCGCGGACCACGGCGCAGGCGCGCUGCCCGCCGCCCCGCCGGGCCCGAGGCUGGGCGACCCGCAGCGCUUCCUUUGGCCGCCGGCUUUGGGACUGCUGGCGGCCGCGGGCUUGGCCGGUGCUGCGCUCCUGCUGGUCCACGUGCGACGCCGCGGCCCUGGCCGGGAGACUGGGUCUCGCUUGCUGGCGGGGACCCCGGAGCCAUCUGUCCACGCGCUCCCUGAUGCACUCAACAACUUGAGGACGCAGGAGGGUUCCGGGGAUGGCCCGAGCCCGUCCGAAGAUUGGAAUCGCCCUGAAGAUGGAGACUCUCGCGGGAUUUACGUCAUCUCUGCUCCUUCGAUCUACGCUCGGGAGGUAGCCACCCCCCUCUACCCGUCUGCACCCACUGGGCUCGCUGGGCGGAGGCAGCCCCAGCUUUCUCUGUAGCUCUCCUUUACAAUAUCUGUGAAAUGAAUAGAGUGGACGCUCUAAGCCCACUUUUCAGUUCUGACAAUUUAGUUCUAUUUUGCAUCCCUUUUGCUGUCAUUUUGAGCUACU